GUCAGCGCCGCCGCAGCGGCGGCGGAGACUCGUCUCCUCCUCGGCUCCUCGGAGCCGAACCAGCGCUCGGGCCCGAUGAGCCCGGUGCGGGUGCUGAGGAGGCGGAGGCAAGGGCGACGGGGACGAGAGCGGCAGCUGCAUCGGCGCCGCGCCGCACGUGCGGGUGGCUGCCGCUCCCCUUCUCCCCCCGCAACAAGGAUACCAAGCCCAUCCCUUUCUGUAAGGUGCUGGAUGCCCAACAUCUCAAGCGGCUUCGGGAGGAAAAGCGCAGAACGCCGAGUAUGAACCCGCUCCUGGUUGACUAUGUCAGGUGGCACGAUGGCACUCGUUGGACUCAUGGCAACUUUGUGGCCCGUCGCAAGCGCUCUGGCUGCCUCUCCUUUCUGCCUGCUCCACGAACUCUCUUCUUUUUUGAGCUCAUGCAUAGCCCUGAAUUCACAGGAGUCGUUACAUGCACCCCCUUAGAUGAACCAGUUACUGAAGGCUAUAGUAUCCUGGGUUUUCCUAUUUGGUGGGGUACUCGUCGUAAUGGCAGCUUGGAUAUCAUUUGCAAGACCUGCUAUCGUCACUUUAAAUCUCCGGAUUGUUUGACGAGCGAAACACUUGCAUGUGGGCACAAGAAUGCGGAAAGAGUUUGCGAGAUGUGCGAUUGCCGCUCCUGCGUGCUUCAUCCAUUCCCGGAUCAGGAGAAUGUGCGUAUGCCUAUCGCGGAUACCUUCAUCGCAACUAAUUUGAGGACCAGUGUGGAUAGAAUGCAUACCUGAUUUUUUAGGGCAGAAAGCAGACUUAAUUUGAUGCUUUAGCUAGAGUCAUCUGUCGUGGCUGCCUAUAUUAUAUAGGCUAUAUAUGUACAUGGAACAUGACGAUUACUUUCUACCAGAGUAGUAGAAGUUGGAAAUUACCAUUAAACCAUGCUUCUAUAUGUGGAAACCGGAAGAUCCUUCAUGCAAAUGGGUAAAAAAUUGUUGCUCGUUCUGUGGAGCAAACUGAA